AUGGAGAAGACCUCCACGGCCAUCAUGCAUUUGCUUUUGGUGCUCAGUUUGAAACCCCACUCAAGGUUAAUUUGUAAGAUCAACAUCCUCUCAUGUGUUUGUUCAGUGCCUAAGAACUACCAGCACAUCCUGGCCUUGGCAUUUGCUGUCAAAGAGAUCAAUGAGGAUCCUCAGAUCUUACCUAAUAUUUCUGUGGGGUUCCACAUCCUCAACAGCUACUACACUCCCAGGAUGACCUACAAGGCCACCCUGAGCCUGCUUUCCACACAAUCCUGGUUUGUCCCAAACUUCAGAUGCAACAACCGGAAGAAGUUGAUAGCCCUCAUUGGAGAACAUAUUUCAGAAAUCACUUCUAAUAUGGCCACCCUUUCAACAAGCCAUAAAGUUCCACAGUUGAAUCCCUUUCUAAGGAGCAUCUCAUUCAAUAACAGCGCAGGAGAUGCUGUGCACUUUGAUGAAAAGCAAGAAGUAAUUGAAGGAUUUGAUGUUACAAACUGGAUGAUGUUUCCCAAUGGCUCAAUGAGGAGAGUAAAAGUGGGAAGAGUGGAUCCCAAAGCUCCCCCAAGCCAAGAGUUAACCAUUAAUGAUAAUCAAAUUGUGUGGCCUAAAGUCUUUCACCAGGUGCUUCCCGUUUCAGUGUGUAAUGAACAAUGCUAUCCAGGUUCCAGGAAGAAAAAUAAGGAAGGAGACAAAUUUUGCUGCUAUAAUUGUGCUCCUUGUCCAGAUGGGAUGAUCUCUGAACAGAAGGACAUGGAUGCCUGCGUCCAGUGUCCAGAAGACCAGUACCCCAACAAGGAACAAACACAAUGCAUUCCCAAGAUUAUAAGCUACCUUUCUUACCAAGAACUUUUAGGAGCCAUCUUAUCCGUAGCAGCCAUAUUUUUCUGUUUGAUCACAACUUUAGUGCUUGGAAUACUUAUAAAGCAUAAAGACACUCCCAUAGUCAAAGCCAACAACCGGAGCGUCACCUACAUCCUCCUCAUCUCACUUCUUCUCUGCUUCCUUUGCUCCUUGCUCUUCAUUGGAAAGCCUGGAAAGCUGACUUGCCUUAUCCGACAAAUGUUUUUUGGCCUUGUCUUCUCUGUGGUUCUUUCCAGCAUUUUGGCAAAAACCAUAAUGGUGGUUCUGGCAUUCAUGGCUACCGAGCCAGGAUCAGGCCUGAGAAAAUGGGUAGGUAAAGGACUGGCGAAUGCUAUUCUGCUUUCUGGCUCUUUGAUUCAAGCCGGGAUUUGUAUCAUUUGGCUAAGUACUUUUCCUCCAUUCCCAGACAUGGAUAUGCAUUCAAUGUAUGGGCAAAUCAUCCUAGAAUGUAAUGAGGGUUCCCCUUUUAUGUUUCAUUGUGUCUUGGGAUAUUUGGGCUUCUUGGCUAUUGUCAGCUUUCUUGUGGCUUUCUUAGCUAGAAAGCUGCCAGACAGUUUCAAUGAAGCCAAAUUCAUCACUUUCAGCUUGGUAGCAUUUUGCAGUGUUUGGGUGUCCUUUGUUCCAACCUACCUGAGCACCAAAGGCAAAUAUAUGGUGGCUGUGGAGAUCUUCUCCAUCUUGUCCUCCAGUGUAGGUUUACUGGUUUGCAUUUUUUCUCCUAAAUGUUACAUUAUUGUAUUAAGACCUGAGCUUAACAGCAAGGAGCAGCUCAUGGGAAGGAAAUCAUGA